AUUUAUCUAAAAUGUAGGUUUGAUCCAAGAGCUUUCCGUUGGGCUCUCUCUAUGAAGCUUGCUGUGGAGGAGAUAAACAAUAGAAAAGAUCUCCUCAACAAUUUUACACUUGCUUACAAAAUAUUUGACUCUUGCUCUACUCCUGUAACAGCUCAGAAAGCAGUUCUGGCUGUAAUGAAUGGGCAGGAAGUUGUUCAAAGUUCUAUGUGCUCUGGGGCUGGCCCUUUAAUAGGAUUAAUAGGAGAAUCUGGAUCUUCACAGUCUAUUGUUCUCUCCAGAACAGUGCAAGCCUUUCAAAUACCUAUGAUAAGCUAUUUCUCCACCUGCUCUUGUCUAAGUGAUCGAAAGCAGUUCCCGACAUUUUUCAGAGUGGUUCCUAGUGAUGACUACCAGGUCAAAGCGAUUGCACAGCUUUUAAAGAGGUUUGACUGGACAUGGAUUGGUGUUGUGACUGAAGACCAUGAUUAUGGCAGAUUUGCUUUACAAGGCUUAAAGCGAGAAAUUGAAAAUACAAAUAUUUGUUUGGCUUAUCAUGAAAUGAUUCCAAAAGACUAUACCCAGGAACGAGUCUUGAAGAUUCUUAAAGUAAUGAAGGAAUCAACAGCCAAGGUAGUUGUUGUUUUUUCAGUAGAAGGAGAGUUUUAUCCUGUUUUAAGAGAGUUUGUGGCUCAAAAUAUCACUGGAAUUCAGUGGAUUGCAAGUGAGGCUUGGGUUACAGCAUCAAUGUUAGCAGAGACAUAUUCAUUUUUAGAUGGCACAAUUGGCUUUGCAAUCCGUCAAGGACACGUCCCAGGUCUUCAGGAUUACAUCAGGACCGUCACUCCAGAAAAGUACCCUUCUAUUCCUCAGGUUCAGGAACUGUGGGAGGCUUUGUAUGGUUGUUCUCCAUCCACAUCCACCUUGAGCAGUCAUUUACCCUCAUGCACAGGAAAAGAAACUCUCAGAAAAGAAUACUCUGCCUACAUGAACACAUCCAGCCCUCGUGUGACCUACAAUGUUUACAAAGCGGUGUAUGCCUUUGCUCAUUCUCUUCAUAAUCUUAUUGAAUGUAGAAAUGGACAUGGGCCAUUUGAGAAUUUCUCAUGUGCGAACCUCAACAAUGUGUUUCCAUGGCAGCUGAAGCAUUACCUUGAGGAUGUUUCCUUCUCAAUAUCUGGACAAAAUGUUAACUUUGAUAAUAAAGGAGACUCAGUUCCAUAUUAUGAUUUAAUAAACUGGCAAAGAAGUGCAAGUGGAGAUAUGCAGUUUGUUAAAGUGGGCCUCUAUGAUGGUGCUCAGCAUUCUGGCAAAGAACUGGUGAUUGAGGAGCAGGCCAUUACAUGGUCUAACCAACAGACUAAGGCAAGGUGUUGACUGUACACUACACUGCCAUCUGAUAUUUCAGUGAA